GCUGAUGAGUGCUUGAAAGUAGAAAGGCACGUUGUCAAGUGUCUUUGUGGCAUUUACCCCUGUGCCAUUUUUAUUCCGAUUGGGCCAUCAGUCUCAAACCAAUCAACUUUUUAAUGCACUUUGGAUGAAAAUGUGUGUUUUUCUAGUUGUAUAUCUGUCUCUGUUGAGGCUUGGAUUCCAGCACGAUCUACAUAACCAGAAUGAGAUCGUACGUAACCCUGAAACCAGUGCAUUGAACGGAACAGAAGAGGAAAAUGCAACUCUCGCCAGUGGUUUUCAAUUUGAUGAUCUGGCAGGGGUUCGGUCCUUCAUGCCAGAGCAGGAGAUGGAGGUGAGGAUCAUUGGUGGUGUGGAGGCCUGGGCCCACUCCUGGCCAUGGCAGGUAUCCCUACGCUUUACCACCAUGCCAGCCUGUGGUGGGUCCAUCAUCGCCCCUCAGUGGGUUCUGACUGCCACACACUGCUUCAAGCAGUAUAACAAAGUGGAUUUCUGGACUGUGAUGGCGGGAAAACAUGACCUUGAGAAUCCUGAUGAAGAAUGUCAACAGUUGGUUGGGGUCUCUAAAAUAGUCACCCACAAGGAUUACAACCGCAUGACAAAGAUGCAUGACAUUGCCCUGGUGAAGCUGAAGACUCCGCUGUUGUUCAACCAGUGUGUGAGACCCAUAGAGAUAUGGAUGAGGCCAAUCGAACCCAAAAAGCAAUGCACAGUGACCGGCUGGGGUACCACCAGAGAGAAUGGGCCUCGUGCCAACAGACUCCAGGAGGUCAAUGUGACCUGCCUAUCCCCAGAGGACUGUAACAAGUUCUACCUUGGUGUUGUUCAGCCCACCAUGCUCUGUGCUGGAGACCCUGAAGGAGGUGUAGACGCCUGUCAGGGUGACUCGGGUGGGCCUCUGUCCUGCUACACAGGGUCCAGGUAUGAGUUGGCUGGAGUGGUCAGCUGGGGAGUGGGCUGUGGUAGAGCCCGGAGGCCUGGCGUCUAUACUAAAGUACAGGUCUACCUAGACUGGAUAAAUGAAUUAAUUCAAGGUGAAGCAUCUAUGUCUGGUGUUUACUGUGACUGAAGAGAGUUGUGGUCAGAGUAAGAUAUUGACCUGCCGGCUGGACUCCCGCCCGGCGUGGUUGUAUGCGACCUUGGAGGGUGAGGUGCGGGUGGGGAGUGUGACAGAGGCGUGCCCCAACUCCUGGCCCUGGCAGGUCAGUCUGCAGUCCAAAGGGAGACAUUACUGCAGUGGGACCCUGAUCCACCACCACUGGGUCCUGGCACCGCAGCACUGCCGCUGCAAUGCCUGUCUAUUCUCCUCUUUCAGACCUACAGUUGACACGGUGGUACUGGGAGGUCACAACCUGAGGUUCAUGGCUGCCCAGACCAUCCCGGUGGACGAGGUGUUCAACCACCCCCAUGACGGAACCUUCCCUCCGACCUCUG